AAGAUGUUCUUGAUUGCAAGCCCCCAUUCUUUGAUGAAAUUGAAAAAAUUCUUGGAAAGGGUAAUGCAGCAUAUCCCGAAUAUAUUGGUGAUUCUUCAAUGGGAAAACAAAAUCCUACUCGAUUGAGCAAGGUUACAGAAAAUCAAACAAAUAUAGAUGAUGGGACAAAGAAAAGGACAUCUACCACUGAACAUGCAAUUUUUAGUGAUGGUCCAAGUGGAAGUGAGACACCAAACCCUUCUAAUGAUAAUGAUUACAUCAGACAACUUCGCUUCUCUGACGAUGAUGAUGAUGGCUAUGCUUUCAGUUCACAACCAAAGAAGCCAAAAAAAACAAGCAAAGCCACAAAUGUGGCAAAGGCUAUUGACAUUUUAAUUGCCAACAAAGCGGAACGCGCUGCCGAACGGGAAGAAAGAAGAAAAAGACAUGAAGAGUCAGAGGCUGCAAAGCAAAAGCGUCAUGAGGAUAUGCUGAUAUUCCGUACUAAUUUUCUGGAAGUCUUUACAAGGCAACUCUCUAGUGCAAACAAAUAGAAUAUGUUUAUAUUCUAAGUGCAAAUUUAAGCAUUGACUUCUUUUAUGGAUUUUGUGUACAUGCUAUUGUUUGUUGGGAAGCGAAGUGUCAGUUUUUUAGAAGAAGAACAAAAAGAGAGAGAAGAAGAAGAAAAGGAAGGGAAAUAGGAAGAGCAACAAGAAGAAGAGAAAGAAGAAUAAUAGGAAGAAUAAGAGCAAGAAGAAGAGAGAGAAGAAGAAGAAA